UAUAUUUUUGUUUUCGAAAUGUCAAAAGCGAACAAAUAGAAGAAGGAAAUGGAAUAGAAAAUUUAAGGAAAAUAAUGAAAACAUGUAAUUAAACUACUUCGAACCAGUUUGAAUUGCUUGGAAAUGAAUAAAGACGAAGAAAACAAUGGCCAAUAUAUGGACACAAUUGACGCAGCUUUACACGAAUUAGGCAUGCUAGGCUCCGUAACAGAUGCACGAUUACAAUAUUUACAAGAAAUAAGUAAAUGUUCACGAAUUAUACAAAAAAAUUCACGUUAUGUGACAAAUGUUAGUUGUGGAUUCCGUAUAAAACCAGCGUGUGAUUAUAAUCGCGUUAAACCGUACACGGUACGAAAUAAAAACCGUGAGGAUCGUUUAAGUGUGACUGCAGGUGGUGGUUAUCGUGAAGAACGACCACGUACACGUAGCGAGAAUGCGGAUGCUCCACCUGUCGCUGGUAUAACAAUUGCUCCAUUUAUUGUUGAGACCGUUGUCGAUAUGGCGAUUGAUUUAUCAAAGAAAGCGUCAACAUCCGUUGACAAGAAACGUAUUGGCUUAAAAAAAUCAAAAUCAUUGGAAAAUGUACGGAUUGAGAAUGAUAAUGCGUCUCAACCCUCACAUGAAAUGGAGUUUGUAUCAAGUCGAAUACAACGAUUAAAAAUGAAUGAUUAAAAUUAAUCGAUUCGGCAAUUCUACAGUUUCUAUAAUCCCCUUUAGUUAAUAAUUAUUUUCCGAUUUCAAUAUUGUAAAAAUUAAAUGAAGUCUCAAAAAAAUUUCGAUAUUUAAUCAUAUUUUGUCGAAUUCUUCAAAUUUGAUUACGAUAUCGUAUGAAUUGUGGAAUUGGCCAAUCGAUAUGGGAGCAAUAAUCCAGUUUUUUUGGUUCUUUUAGUCAAUUAGCUCAUUAGUUUAAGUUUUAAUGGAAAUUUAGAUUUUCCAAUUUUCUCAUAUAUUUUAUGUUUGUUUUUUUUUUUUUUAUAUAUAAAUGAUGAAAUGUUGCUGUAAACUCGUAUAAAGCGCAGUUCUUCGGUUUUCGUAGCCCCUAGAUUUCGCCAUUAUAUUAUAUUUUAAGAAGUCUUAGAAACUCUG